UGUAAGCGAGAGGCUCGUGGUUAGUGCGAAGUGAGAAAUUGAACGGUGCGCGUCUCGACGGAGGAGAGUGAGACAGAGAAAAAGAAAGGUAAAAAAAAGAAACAAGAUAGAUUGAAAGAUGUAACACGUGACGACAGUCACGAGCGUAUCAGUAGCAUGAUACUUGACGUCUGCGAUGCAACGUGAUUGCAACGGCAGAGUCUGCCGAUUGUACAUCGCGCCGAAUUGCCGAGGAGGCUCUCGCGCGGAGAAGAGGAUUGUGGUCGUCAAGGGGUGGGAGAAGGUCAGGUUUUCGGCUACGAAAAAGGAGGGAGGGUCGAAAUCUCCAAUAAGUAGAAAGAGCACGUGAUGAUCGCGGGUAGAUACCAAAGAAUUCGUGUACAUACGUGAACGAAGUGAACGAUGACAAAUUCACAAAAUGUAAAGUGCGCCGGUUUCAGUUACUAGAUAAGUAAUUGGCCAGUGCUACCGUCGGUGGUGUACAUUCAGAGCGUGCAGUGCUUCCGGUACGCUACCUCAUAUUUCUGGUCAUAUACGUAAAAACCGAGUCAAAUAUAAAAUAUAAUAACAUUAAACGUUAGUCAAUCUCGGCAGAAGUGCUAUCGAAGAUGCAUUGGGGAUCGACCUUGUUCCUGUUAUACCUCUCCAUAACAUUAUCAUACUCGAAUCUGUUCAGUAUCGAGAAACUCAAGUUGUAUGCGAAGAUCCUGAAGCUCGAUAAGUUAAACGUCAACGAAACGGGAAACGAGCUCUGGCACGGACUCUUCAGGGACUGCGACAAGAGAGUGACGUUUUCCUGCAUACAAAAGAAUGCGUAUACGUACCUUGACAAUGCGUUCAUCGAGAGAGAUAAUAUCACCGUUUUCGACGGUCUGAUUCUUACGAGGAAUAACGUUACCUACGAUACGUGUCCUAAAACAGAAAAUCCAAGCGAUGUUCGUGAGAAUCUCGUUGAUGAUGUCGACACGGACGACUGCGAAAACAAAACGGCCGAGGAAGAAAGGGAGCAAGGACGAAAGUUCGGGGAUGAAUCACCACUCGAAGAAAUCACGAACGCUCUACGACAGAAAACAGUGAAAUUUUUAUCGACGCGAAAUUACGAAAUUCAACUUCCGCAGUUCUUUUUUCAUGGCGCGACUGUAAAGAUAAGCCCGCGCGAGAUAGACGAGAAUGGAGCUCUUCUCAGAGUAGAUUUCGCAGAUCAAGAAAUAGCACAAGAAGAGGGACGAAUCUUCUUUAAAAAAAUCAAAAAAUUCAUACAGAAUAGAUUGUUAACCAGCUUCUUGGCGCUUCUCUUAAUUAUCAAGCUAAUUAAAGUGAAGUUCCUGUUUGUCAUUCCGUUCCUUUUCGGUGUGGGCGCUACGAAGAAGCUUUUCCUGAAACUGCUACUGUUCUUCAUUCCUGCGUUCGCGCACAUUUUCAAGCUCUGCUCCAGCUACUAUUCGUCUUACGCCACCAAGUAUCAUCAUCAUCAUCAUCAAAUAGCGCAUCAUCAUCAUCACGUGCCAGUUCCGGUACCUGUCCCAUCUUAUUACGACCAUCAUCCUCAUCGCGAUGACUUCGACGGUUACGAUUACACUCACCCUCACGUUCAAUACCGGAAAGAUAUGGAAGAGUUGAAAGAAUGGGGCAUCGAACCUUACGAUGAGCUCUACGAAGAGUCCAGUCAACACUUAAAUCGCGUGGUCCCAGCUCCAGGCGCAGCUCCCGGUCUCGUGUAUCCAGAUAAUUCAAUGACAGCUGGCGCGCAUAACUUGGCCUACUCCGGAUAUCUCAACGACAUUAAAUACAAUCGACGGCCCGCAGCGCAGCCAACUGCCGCUGUACUUUCGGUAAAUCCCGUCAGUCUCGUAUCCGGUACGAAGACAUCGGUGAAGAAUCCUUAUACCGUGUUCGCGCCGAACGUACGACCGAGUCAUCAGAGACUCUUGACACCCGUCGCAGCCGCCAAGAGCUCGUCUGUAUCGAUCUCGCGACAAGAUACGGACGACGAGUAUUUCGGGCCGAUCAUCGAACGGCUAGACGUGAUCUUCGGGCAACUGAGAUUCUACGAAGAGACGUGCAAGGAGAUGCUCGUCUGCAGUAUGUACAAGAACCCGGCGAGCUACUCGCCGCACAGCAAUCUCGUGUCAAACGAGCUUUCCAGAGAUCCGCAGGAGCUCAAGAAUAGCGUAACAGACAGUGCGUACAGCCAGAGAUUUUAUAGAUACAUGAACGCAGCCAGGCACGGUCAAGAUGGUGGAGAUUGCCUCAGCACAUAUCCUUGUAACAAUAAUACCGAAUGAAUGUCUUGUAAUAAACGUGAAAUUUAUAUCGACUCGUAUUAAUGCGAUUAAGAUAUGGCAGAUGUUAUCCGUUGCAUCUAGCAUGCUGUUAUUUGCUCAAUAAGCUCGAAGAACUUACAUCAGAUAGAUCAAUGUUGUAAAGCGUAUAAUGUAAUAUCGAUAUAAAAAAGAGACCAACGGUACUGCCAUGCAUUAAUUUAUAAAUAUAUAAUUCAUCAAAUGCGCGAGAACUCAUCUAAUUUUCCUAUUAGAAAAUAAAUUGAAGUGUUCUGCGGAUAAAUUCACUCGUCGCAAAAGUUUUAACGAUUAAUUUAAUUAUAAGAAAUUGAUCGGUAAGUUUGAAUGAAAUAUUUAUUGUGUAAUUUAUUGUGCAAUUUUUCAAAUUUAAGCGAAUUUAGUGAGGAGUUUAAUCAGUAGAUUUUGUGAUGAUGUGUCAAAGUUUUUGAAGUCUAUUGACACGUUGUCAGCAAGAUCACUCCUCAGGGGUAUUAUUAUUAUGAUAAAUAUGAUUAAAUAAUAAGAUUGAUAUGUCAUUCUGGAUUUUGUGGCAUUUUAUGGGUUAAAUGUGGUUUAUAAUUUUUAGGUAAAUUUUGUAAUUUAAAAAAUGCACAGUAUUUCAAAAAAAAUUCUCUAUUAAUUUAGUUAUGAGCUUUGAGAUCAGAUAUUUGACAAAUAAAAAAACAUUUUUUCUUCUGUUACGUAACAUAUAUAAUAUUGUACAACAAAUAAAUUUUUAUUUUAUUUCCUUGUAAAAUAAAAUAAUUAACAUUUUGUAGUAGCUUCAUAUUUUAUAUAAUUGCAUAUACAAUGACGUAAAAAUGUUUAAAUAAUUGUAUAAUUGUAUUGCAAUAAUUUAAAAACUUGUUGCGUAAUGUUGCUUUCUGCAUAAAAAAGAUAUGCAUGUGAUGCUAUGUAAAAAUUAGUUAAGAAAAAUAGUGUUUACAUGCAUAAUUUUAUAAAUAUUAUUUAUUUCGCUAGAAAGAUAACUAAUCAGUCACUAUUAAAUAUUCGGGUGCCAUACCCAACAACUGUUACUUUCAAUUUAACUUCAUCUUAAAUUUUCUAGAUAUAAAAGUAUAUCGAAGUAUGAUGUAAAAAUUAAAUAAAUACUUUUGUAAUUAGUUAUAUGGUCUAAUUAUAUGUAUGUGCUUUAUGUGUAA